GGUGCACGAGAAGGAGCCGUGUUGGUCACUAAACAGUGGAGUAAAAUGGCGCUUCUUCAAGGAACAAAGAAGAAAGUUUGCUAUUACUACGACGGGGAUGUGGGGAACUACUACUACGGCCAGGGCCAUCCCAUGAAACCCCACCGGAUCCGCAUGACGCACAACCUCCUUCUCAACUAUGGACUGUACAGGAAAAUGGAGAUUUACAGGCCACACAAAGCCAGCGGAGAGGAGAUGACUAAAUACCACAGCGACGACUACAUCAAGUUCCUGAGGUCCAUCCGACCGGACAACAUGUCCGAGUACAGCAAGCAGAUGCAGCGGUUCAACGUCGGAGAAGACUGUCCGGUGUUCGAUGGCCUGUUUGAGUUCUGCCAGCUCUCAGCAGGAGGCUCUGUCGCUGGGGCGUUGAAGUUGAACAAGCAGCAGACGGACAUCGCCAUCAACUGGGCCGGCGGACUCCACCACGCCAAGAAGUCCGAGGCCUCUGGGUUCUGCUACGUCAACGACAUCGUGCUGGCCAUCCUCGAGCUGCUCAAGUACCACCAGAGGGUUGUGUACAUAGACAUCGACAUCCAUCACGGCGAUGGCGUGGAGGAGGCCUUCUACACCACCGACCGGGUCAUGACCGUCUCCUUCCACAAGUACGGGGAGUACUUCCCCGGCACCGGAGACCUGAGGGACAUCGGAGCCGGAAAGGGGAAGUACUACGCGGUGAACUACCCGCUCCGAGACGGCAUUGAUGACGAGUCCUAUGAAGCCAUCUUCAAACCCAUCAUGGUUAAAGUGAUGGAGAUGUACCAGCCGAGUGCCGUGGUCCUCCAGUGUGGAGCGGACUCUCUUUCUGGAGACCGACUGGGCUGCUUCAACCUCACCAUCAAAGGCCAUGCCAAAUGCGUGGAGUACAUCAAGAGCUUCAACCUGCCGCUGCUGAUGCUGGGCGGCGGCGGCUACACCAUCCGCAACGUGGCGCGCUGCUGGACCUACGAGACGGCGGUGGCGCUGGACUGCUCCAUCCCCAACGAGCUGCCCUACAACGACUACUUUGAGUACUUUGGGCCCGACUUCAAGCUCCACAUCAGCCCGUCCAACAUGACCAACCAGAACACGACCGAGUACCUGGAGAAGAUCAAGCAGCGGCUGUUCGAGAACCUGCGCAUGCUGCCGCACGCGCCCGGCGUCCAGAUGCAGGCCAUCCCCGAGGACGCGCCGCACCCCGACAGCGCCGACGAAGACGAGGAGGAAACCGACAAGCGCGUGUCCAUCCGGGCUCACGACAAGAGGAUCGCCUGCGAGGAGGAGUUCUCCGACUCCGAGGACGAGGCGGAGGGUCAGGGCGGCGGCCGCAGGAACGCCGCCAACCACAAGAAGGUGAAGCGAGUGAAGAAGGAGGACGAGAAGGAAGCGGAGGAGAAGAAAGAAGUGAAAGAGGAGGAGAAGGAGGAAGAGAAGAUGGACACAUCAGGACCAAAAGAAGAGGUGAAGACGACUUGAAGUGCGAAAGGAAGGAAGGAAAGGUCCCUCUGUCCCCGAUGCUCCCUAGUUCCUGCGCCUGUUUUUCGCUGUAUUAUGAACAUUUGUUACCAACCUCAGUGAAACCCGGCUGAGUGGGCGUGGCCCCCUCCCCCCAUAACCCUAAGCCCCGCCCACCUGGAGCCCCCAGAGGUACAAAACAAAGGACACAAGUCCUCUCGAUGUGAAGCUCUCGAUCGGUCGCCGGUCCCAGAUUUCUGACUUUAGAGCUUGUGAACUAAACUAAAGUCUUUCUGUUAGUUUUUAAACAUCUAUUUAUGAUGAGUACUCAGCAUUCGGCGUGCUGCGUGUGUAGCGUAACCUCGCCUGUACAUACGCUCCUCGCUCGGUAACUUAUUUAACCUUCGUGGACGACCUGCGACAUGUCCGUGUUUUACUUUCUGUCGAGUGGUUGUUGAGGUUUGGACGUGAGCGACUUGUUUUUGGAUAUUUUGUACCCCGUCAUGAAGGCGGCGUGAGUUUAAUCCUCGUGAAAUGUGCAUUAUCAGAACUUUUUAAUAAACAUAUGAAAUUAUC